GAUUAACUUCAAGCGUCCACAGUCACAAACCACUGAUGACACUAUUACUAUUAUAAAUACCGGUAUUAGAUCGCUUUUUGGAAGUAUAUAAAAGGUCGUGUCCCAAAAUUGUCUAUAUGAAUUGAGUGUUUUGAGUCUGCCGGUCUACCACUUUGUCACAUCAUCUCAUAAUUAAUAGUAAUAGAUAAGAUAAGUACUUAAAUUUAAAUGUCUUAAACAGUAACACUUCUUAACAGUCAGUAAAUUAUUUACUAAAUUCAACUCAUUCAGUCAUUGUUUUUUGUGUGGUUAAUUUAAUAAAAAUAAUGACAUUGACAUAAUCUAAUAAUAAUAAUUAAAAGUAUAAUUAAUAAUAUCAUAUUAUUAAUUCAGCGUUAUUUAAUGUUCAUAAAUUAAUAAAUAAUAUCAUAAUAAUUUAAUUAAAUAAUGAAGUAAUGAGUAAUGUCAUUAUGAUAGGCUGUUUAUCAUAUUAUGAUAAUAAUAAUGUCAUAUUACUACUAAUUACAAUUGAAUUAUACUAAUUUUAAUAUUAAUAAUAUUGUCAUUUCGUUGUUAGUAUCAGUAUAGUCAUGAGUCAUAGUAUAUUGUGAAUCUGUGUACUGUGUAAAUUAUAGUAAAUUCUUUGUUAAACUUAAAGUUAAAUGUAAAUAACUUUAGUAUAAUACUAAUAUUUGGGUAAAAGUGGAGUUCAGGUGCAUAUAUUAUUUCUUAACGCUUUUCGUAUUUUAUCAUGUAACUCUUACAUGUAUUCUUUAUUAAUUAAAUACAGGCAGUUAUAGUUAACUAAUACUGAAUUUUAAAUCCCCUUUUUUCUUUUUAUUUGAUUUCUAUUCUAAAGAGUCUUUAAACAUCCCCAACCAAAGUUACAUAGCCUCAUUGUUUUUUUUGUUUUUUUUUCACCCUAUGGCCAGAUUUUUAACCACCUAUAAGUUAGUAUGCUGAACAAAAUUUUUAAACUGUAGGCAUGUUCAAAAAAAAGAAGGAAAUAUUAGAUUUUUCAUUACGCUCGAGCGCCCCCCUUACCCACCCCCACUCCUCACUUUCUUUUUUUUCCCCCUCAGAGCGCUCAGAAUAUACUGGUUGUUCCUUGAAGUCUUUGGGGGGAUGGGGGAUUAGAAGUGGAUCACCGCACACGCCAUCAUUGUCUUUGAGUGAAGCUGAAAAAAAAGGGGGGGGGGGGUUGCACGAAUAUGUGCCAAUCUGUGAUCACGUGUCCACUUUUUAUAAAAAUAUUUGUGACGUAGUAGGAAUGGGGGAAAUUAGUUCAUUUAUUGAUAGUUAUCUCAUACUGAUGGCUGCAAAUACGUUGUCCGUGAUUGGUCAGCUCUAAUUUGAGCAGCCCUCCCCUUUUUUCGUAAGCAAAUGUGCUUAUCAAUGGUGACUGAUUUGCGCAGAGUAACAUGAGGGUGAGGGCUAGUGAUUUAGACGGACUCGUUUUGCGGUAUUGCUGGUAGUAGGAUCAUUUUGUUCAAAAUGGCAGGACAACCAAGAGACAAUAAUUGAAAUUGUUGAUCCAACGGAAAUUUUAAAUGGUGCAACAUUUGGUUUAUACACGAACUUUGUGAGGCAACAAAUAACGUUAAUACAACUAUGGAAUUUCUUGUAAGGCCCUUGUAACAAUUGCUAUGUGGCUUGUAAACUGGCUACGUAUGUCAAGUAUGAGAGUUCUCUAUAACUAAAGGGAACUGGAUCUCACCGGAACCGGGAUCAGGAACCCACUGGAUCGGGUGGGAUAUCAGGAUCUCACUGGGAUCAAGAUCCUAUCUGGAUCGGAAUCUCACCGGAAACGGGAUCCCACCAUAAUCGGUAUCUCACCAGGAUUGGGAUCUCACUGGGCUCGAGAUCCUACCAGGAUCGGGAUCUCACAGGAAAUGGGAUACCACCGGAAACAGGAUCUCAUCGGGAUCUUACCGGGAUUGGGACCACACCAUGACCGGGAUUAUAUCGGGAUCCACCAUGACCAGGAUCGGGAAAACACUAUGACCAGAAUUCUACCGGAAUCGGGAUCCCAUCAUGUUCCUUCCGGACAACGGGGUGCCAUCGGAAAAUGGGAAAAAAUGAAAGCUUUACAUAAGUUAUUUUAAGUGAUAUUGGAGGCAAAUUAAUUAUUAUAAUUUUUUUUAAUAUAGUGGUGUUGUUUUGUUGUUGAAAUUUCGCUUUAUAGCAAUGUGAAUUCAAAGGAAGUAGCAGUUGUUUUUCUCUGAAUGCAAUCACGGGCAACUCCGGUUAUAUUUGUUAGUAAAGUUAUAAAAUAAAUACAACAUUUAUUUUAACAAGAUUCAACCAAUUGGGCAACUUUUAUAACGUAUCUUUAAAGACAGAAGAGUUAUUCCUGAUUUACCGCAAUGGCUCCGUAAAAGACAAAAGAUUCAUGAAAACUUUUUUUUAUCUCGUAAAAUUUGUUUAAUUGUUUUUUGUAUUCCAAUAAAAAGAUGGUAUUUUACUUUUAAAAUACUUUUUAUAAAGAAAUAACAUAAGUUUACACGCGAAAAUAAGAAAUUCAAACAGAAAUAAUAUAUGCACCUGAAAUCCACUUUUACCAAUGUUUGUUAGUCCCAGUAUAAGUAAUAGUAAAAUUAGUAUUAUUAAAUAGUAUUAGUUCAUUUUACUGAUACUAUGCUACACUAUUUAAGACUACGAAGUGUCUACUUGUCCGGCGACCAGAUGAAUAAGAUCUCGAGAUAUUUGUCCGGCAACCAGAUCACAUGACCCCCCGUAACAAAGUUGGGGGAGAUAUCUGUUUGUCAGCCUUGUCACGUGAUCGCUAAUAGUCUAUAAUAAAACUAGGGUCGCAGAUGCAUGGGGGUGACGAGUAUAAACUUAAUUUCAAGAAAUAAGUGUGUGGUAGGGGAGGGGAAAAAGGAAUACUAGACUAGAAAGAAGAAAUAAUGAGAGCGAGAAAGAAAGGAUAAAAAUGGUAGCGAGGGUGAUAUAUAAUUAAGGCGGGGAGGUCAAAAGUUCAAAAAGAAAUAGACCCAACAUCUUAAUAUAGGGCCAAUAUAGUGUGCUGUUGGGGUAGCUUACUUCUCACGCAAUAUUAAAAGUCUAAAAUAAAACUUUUAUGACAGUAGGUCUAUUGACAGUCAACUGGCAAGUAUUGGUCUUAUUUUCUUUUGUUCAUAUUUUAAAUUUAGGCUUCCAACAACUAGGUAGAGCUUUAUAAGAUAUUUAAACCAAGAUAAUGGAUCUCUUGUCACAUGACAUGUUUACCAGAAUAAUAACACAUACUAGUCAUCCGUUGGUCAUGUGACAUGCCCGCCGGAAGAGUAUCUACCACACUAUUUGUCUGGUCACCCGACGUGUAGACAUUGCCUUAAGACUAAGAUCUAUAGUAUAGAAUAGACUAAAUGAUAUAAUAAUUAAUAAUAUAGUAAUUAGUAAAUUGACCACAAAUACAAUACAGUAGCCAGAGGCAGAGUAGCCAUUAUAUUUUGUAGAGUAAAGCCAGUAAAAGACAAAAGUAAAGCAAUAAUAGACAAUAAAAUGGUGGAACAAGAUAUGUGAAAUGAUAGGCAGAGGCUUUUACUUUUAUUUCUAUACUCCAUCUCAGCAGUUUAAGACUAGUUCAUUAUACUCAUAGUCAUACUCAAGUCAUGUCCAUGACGCUUGCAUUUGUUAAUCAUUUUAUAAUCAAGAAUGUCUAAUUAACAACAAAAGUUUAGUUAUUAAAACUGCUUUAAAAAUAAAGGCAGAGAAAAGAGCAUUACCAAGGUGGUUGGUAGUGCCAGAUUAACCUUAAGUCUAAAGCAAAGGCAAAUGAGGCACAUGCCUAGGGGGCCCUGCACCUUUUAGGGGCACUGCUACUAAUUAACCAUUCUCAAUGUAAUUACUAAUUGAACUGAACUUUGGCCCUAUCUAAAGUAAUAUUAAUUAAUUUAUUAUCAUGCUAUGCUAGGCCUAGUUGACUCCUCUGGUCUAGUCUAGUAAAUCACCAUAUUUGACGGCAUAUAGGAUGCAGCAGUGUAUACUGAGUAUGCUUCCCCUUUUUAUACACAUAAAAAUUUCAAAUCAUAAUCUUAAUUACCAGCACAUUUGAAGGGGGAAAAAGUGUGUCCUAUUUGUCGACAAAUACAGUAAUAAUUAAAUAGCCUACCUAAAUCAUAAUACAAUAAUUUAUAAUGACAUUGUGUUCUGGAAUUUUAUUUAAAAUGGCAGUAGUGAUAUUAACUAAAACCUGUCAGGCUCUGUCUUUCACUCUUUGCAAAAAAAGGAUCUGGCUCUCACGCAGCAUUCGUGAAGUACAGCUUUUAAAAUGGGUAAGUUGAAGGAACAUAAAUAAGGGAGAACUAAUGAUUAAUGUAACCAUUUUUUUUGGGUCAAAGACAAUGCUGAGUUCAUAGAUUUUUUGUAAAAGUAAACAAUUUAUUCCUACAGGUGAAUAUUGUAUGGCAACAAACUAUAUUUUACUAUUUUUUAUUAUUUGUUUAUGUUUAGCUGCACAAGUAGAAGACAAAAAUGAAUGCCUGAUGAAAGAAACAGAAGAUGAUGAAGAAGAGGAAGAUGAUGUGGACAUGGAAGGAAGUACCGGGGAAGAGGAGGAAGAAUCUAUACAGAAAGCUAAACAAGCAAUCACUUGCCGCAGUGUAACUCUUACAACACUAAUGGAUGAUGGAAUUAUUAAAGCAGGAGAAGGUGUCUUGUCUAUAGAUUAUCUGGUAAAGUUACAAUCAUAUGUAUCGUCAGAUUAUAAGUGUCAUUUGCCAGUUAUUUAUUAAAGAAAUGAAAGUUUAUUAUUCAGAUCAGACUAAAGAAAUUGGCUUGUAUUACUUUAGAAUUCAAAUUUAGAAAUGAAGCAUUUAAUCAAAUUGAACAUUUAAAAAAAUAAUUAAUGGGUAGGCUAUAUUUUCUUGUAUUUCUUUUCUUACAUUCUGCCAAAAUUACCUUGUCCACCUGAGAUUAUAUGUCAGUUAAAGGGACCAAGAAGAUUUAUAUGAAAUGCGGUUAAAUAUCACAUAAUUUACCAAUUUAAAAAAACAAGCAUCUUUCUGAUUGACACAAAUUGUAGUUUGCUUUAUCAACAUCAUUAAGGAGAAUAACACUGAAAUUGAAUGAUACUGAUAUCAAUCAUUAUCAAUUUUGUAAAUAUUACCAUGUAAAUAAAAAGCAAAGUAGAAAAUACUUGGUAGUAUAAAUUGUAUAAAAUAAUUUCUUCAGGGUCAGAGAUUUGAAGCUGAUUUGCUGGAAAAUGGAAAAAUCAAAUGGCCCCAGGGCUCUCAAGAAGAGUUUAACACCCCUAGUGCUUGGGCACUUCACUGUAAGAGAUUGGUCAAUCCCAUCAAACGGUCAGGUUGUGGAUGGGCAUCGGUAAGAAUUCAUAUUUAUGGAAAAGAUUUUGUGCAUGUAUUUCAACAAAAUAUUUUAAAUAUCAAUGUCUUGUUAAUUUAAAACACAUUUUAAAAUGAGAAAUAUGAGGUCAAACAUUUAAAUCAGUUUUUACAUUCUCGAAACUGUUAUAAAAAUUAUAGUUUAUUUUUGCUUUCUUAAGCCAGACCCAUUUCUUGUUUAGGUUAAAUAUAAAAACAGAAAACUUGACAUUUGGAAAAGCAUGUGGGCUCGGAAACACCGGAUCAACAAUCCUUUUAAGAUUAAGGUGACUGCUUUCUAUUUCAACUCCUUUUUCUUUGUGUCCUCUCUUGUAUAUUAUAAUGUUUGAUUAAUUUAUUUGAAUUAUUUAAAGUGCCAAUGCCCGCCCAUAAGGUAAAUAAAACGUGUAUGAAAAGGUCAUUGAGGUACCAUGUUUAUAGUAUGUUACUGUCACAUAUUAAAUGUUACUAUGAGGUUUGUGGUCCAUACUUGAGGUCUCGUACCAGGUAGGAGAGGUACUUUAGUGACUUCCACUCAAACAUGGUUACUCCUCCCUGUGUACACUUAUUAAUUUAAGCGUUAAAAAAAAAUGAAGCAAACCUACCAACCACACUAUAAUGACAGCCCCCUGAGAAAGUUAUUGUUCAAAAUAUUUUUUGAAUACUGGGUUAAGUAAUUAAAAAAAAAGUCUAUGGUGAAUCUUUUGCUUGACUGUAGUGAUGUGAUGAUCAUCCCUAGAUCUCUACAAGUAACUGUUUAUCACUUCAGUUCAACUACCUGUAUCGGUAUCUUAAGUUAAGUCAUGAAAAUCCAUCGAUUACCCUGAAAAAUUUGCAUACAUGGUUUGGAAAGCAGGAGUAUUUUAUAAAUAUAAUAUCUAUAUAAAUGUAUCUAUCUGUUGUCUCUCUAUAUAUUUAUAUAUGACAGAGGGCUGGAUAGGGAGAAUAGGUGGAGAAUGGGUGCAUUUUAAUUGUAGGUCAACCAUUAAUAUCUAAAGUUUUAAGAAAGGUCUGUAAAGGGGUCAAUAGUAAUAGAUUUUUGCAUCUUGAUAGUUUGUAGUGUUAAGGUCCCCUAGUUAAUUUCCUUUUAUUAGAUAAUAAAUGGAUUUUUAAAAAUCUAGUUACAUUUGAUAAAAUGAAGGUAUCUGUCAAACUUAUAUCUGUCAACAGUCACCACAUCAGACAGGAGCAUCAAGCUCCACGCCACAGAGUGUCUCACCUGCAACAUCUGCAGAUGUGAGGGCUUUAGAGAGCAAAGCAACCUCAACUUCCCCGGUCACAGAUACAACUGAGACAAUACUAUUGUCACCAUUACCAGACAACAGUGGACCCAAGGUGGACACAACACCCAAAGCACUAAAUGAAGCUGUACCCACAAAAAAGGAUGAGGCAACAACACCGAAAGAAAAGCAUGUGAAAAAAACAUCUUCAAAUGAAUCUCCCAUCAAAACCCCUUCACUCGGCCAGUAAGUUCUACGAAAUUUUGGUCAAUAAAAAAAAUGAAGUUUGUGGUGAUAAAAUGUUAAAUUUGUGUAUCAGACUGGGCUCCAAACAAAAACUUGCUGAUGUAUUUGGGGAAACUUCAAUGGUUAUAAUGGAUACUUCUAUUUUAUUAUUUAAAACAUUUGCAAUAAUUCCAAUGUAAUAAAAAAACUGCUUAACUCGAUGUCAGAAUAUAAUAUUGGAUUAGUUCAUUUUAUUUUCAAAAGGACCAUCAUUUUUGCUAUUUAAUUUAUUACUAAAUUUAUUCUGUACCUUAAUAUGUUUCAUUAACUUUUACAGACAUGUGUCUCUAUAAAAUUUAUAGCAUUCUGUGAUGAAAAAAAUAGUGCAAAUCUUAUCUUUCUAUUGGCUGUCACUGUCAAUCUAGUUUCAUCAGAUUCAACAACUCUUUUUAACAUUUUUUUUCUCAAGUCAAUACUGACAUUUUUUUGAUGGAUGCAUAAAACUAAUUUGUUUACAAAUCUUCUCUAUCUAGGUCAAAGCGAGCAGGAAUAUCCCCAGAAGACAGCAGUAAGUUUAUUUUAAAUAUUGUGGUAGAAACGUUGUCUUGUAAUUAAUUAGGAAAUUAUUUCAAAACAACUGUUUAAAAAAAAAAAUUCCUGUUAAAUGAACUACGUGAAAUUAAAAUCUGUUAAUAUUCCUGAAGCAGAAUUUUUUUUAAUGAUAAUAGUAAAUAAACAUGACAAUAUAGAGCUAUUACUAUUAGUGAUGCUGCUUAUUCUAUUGACCUCAUAAAUAGUUAGCUUCAUGUGUGUUCAGCUGCAGAAGUCAUUUAAGUGUUUUUUUUAAUCAUGGACAUCUGUUGCACUCUGAAACAUUUUGAUUUGGGAAGAAUGUUUCUAACUUUUUAUUUACAAACAAAUUUCACAGCACCUCUUAAUUUAUCUUCUGAUCUUCCUCUUGUUGGGAAAAAAGAUAUUCAUAGUCCAGUAGCCCGGACAAAGUCAAAGACUAGCCGCCAUGAUGAUUAUUGUGCAUCAAGAGAAAGAAAAAGUGUUUCAUAUUUAUCCCUUGGAUCUCGGGGGCUAGACAUGUACGUUGAAUCUGUGAUCCAAAAUGUACUUAUUUAAAGUACUGUAAUUUAUAGUAUCCAAAUCUAUGGACACCGUAAGCUAUGUUCAUUUAGUAUAAUUAUAUAAUUUGUGUAAAAAAAAAAAAAUUUUGAUCACUGGUUUUAUCUUGCACUACCAUGACCAGAGGAUCUUGUCAUUCUGCUAACUUGAGAAAACUACUGCUGUUAAGGGUUGAUAAAUUAAAACUUGACUUAGUGUGUUUGUAGUAUAGAUUGUUUGCAUAAAAAUUUAUGGAAUAUAUGUUGAAAUAAAAUGAUUUUCCAUAAUUUUAAAUACAUAUUAAGAUUUAUAAUCAAAGUUUAUAAGUAACAUGAGUAGUUAAAACAAUCUUUUUGUGCUUUUGAUCUCAUCUUUUAAAAAAAAAAAAACUAUUUCAGUGACCCCCAGACUCUGGUCAAAUGUGAAAAUUUUGACAGUCACAGCAAGAUUCAGCCAUUCACAGUCUCACUUACAAGUAACACCUUGCUAUUGAUGGUCAGUCAUCAAGGUGUCAUCAGUGUGCUAGUACUUGAUAUGAGAUCCUAGGGUUUCUUAUCAUUGUUUUUUAAGUACGUAACAUAGGGGAAAGGAUCUGGAAAACAUUAAUAAUCAAACCAUAUCCUAGACCAGGGGUUCUUAACCUGUGGUCCACAGAUCCCUUGGUGGCUUCCUAAUUAGUGUUAGCUCUUUGAAGCGCAUUUCCUUAGUAAUUUUAUAAUAUACAUUUAAAAAAUUUAUUUCAAGAAAGGAUGGGUCAGUGGCCUUCACCUGACUGGCAAUAGGUAUACUGAAGAAAAGUGUUUCAGAAUCCCUUAUUUAUACAAACUGCAUGGUCAACCUAGGGAGCUGGGUGGUCGAAUGGUCUAAACUGAGCCAGUCUCCAGUUUGUAGUAUAGUCAUCCUCAAUGAUUAUACCUUGUAACUGAUUAUAAAAAAAGAUAUUCAUCACAUUAGUUAUUGCUUUAGAAUUUUAUUCUUAGUCAUACAAGACAUCUAAGAUGAAGCUCUACUCAUAGUCAUAGUUAUAUAAAUAUGUAUAGAACCCCGUUCAUUGUCAUCAAAAUGUCUUAUAUACUUGUUUCAUAAGCCAACCUCCUGUGAAAAGCCUGAAAAGUGUAACCCGCAUAAAAACGGCCCCCUUAAAGUAAAUAACAGAAGAAGCAUUACAGUACUAAAGAAAAUAUUAAAAUAAUUCAGACUCUUUAAAUAUAAUUGUCCUGUGAAGUUAGAGCUCUGCCACCUUUUUUAACUUUUGGCCCAUCUAAAGCCUUUUCAAGAAUUCAAAUUAAAACAUGCAAAAAUGUUUAGAAAUAACUUAAUGUAGUUAACAUUCACUAUGGUGUGUAAUGCUGAAAGUUAUAAUAUUACAGUGCAUUGCUCAAUAUUAACUGUCUGUGCUGGACACUAUUCUGUUCAAAAAAGUUAUGAUAGCUUGUCAAUAACGUUCCAUUUGUUGCAGCAUGGUUGAUGUAUGUAUCUACAUAUAUUUUGUGCUUUUCCUUCUCUUGGAGGCAUUUUGCGCGGCAUACCUGGCAUUAUCUUUCCACACAAUAGAUGCACAGCUCUUUUGAAAUUUAAAAGACUUAAAAGCUAUUAAAUCUACAGUAUUAUGUAACACAGUCUGACACUCAUUUCACACGUCUACAAUAUAUACUGAUCAUUUCCAAAAAUAGGACCUUGGUGAUCUACAUUAUUCAGUGUCUGUACUUUAAUAGCCAAUCACAGCAGUCACAAAAUGAACACAAAACAUGUGACCCAAUUUUGAAAACAUGGCCCCAUGUUGACUUCCAUUAAUCACUUUUUUCUUCAUUGUUUUCUAAAUGAAGAUCAAAUGUGCCUUGAGAUAAUUAUACAAAUCUCAUUAGCCAACCACUCCACUUAUUUCCCUGAAAUAUUCUCUUGAAAAAGUUGGCUUAUGAGCAACUAAUAUGGUAGUUAUAGCACUAUUAUUCACAGUUGUACAAAUAGUAAUAGAACUCACUUCCUGUAUAGAUGACAAGUUUCAGCCCUGCUUAUGAUACCUUAAAAAAUAAUGGUUAUUUUGUUACUCAAAGGAAUGCCUUUGUUUCUGUCCUCCAUAUUAUUUUUGUUAAGGUACAUUCACUGACUACUUUAUAGCAAAGCAAAUGCAACAGCUUUUGUCAAGCUCAUAAUAGGGAAAGGUUCUUGACAUUAUUUUUCUGUUAUGUAACAAGUUUAACAAGUUUCAAUUUGUGUACACCCUGUAUACAGGACUUUCACUGUCACCUGACCAAGUCUGAAGUUGUGGGUUAUCUUGGUGGUAGAUGGGACUCCCACAAGCAGCGUAAGUUCUUUGAUGAUAGUUAUAAUUUAACAUAUUGCCAUGACAUUUUGUGGAUGUGAGGUUAUUGCUUUAAAAAAUUUCUAGUUUAUCAUUCUUAAUGAUUUGUCAUGUCAUGUGGCUUGAAACUUUCAUUCCCAGAUUUGAGUGUGGAGCAAGUCUUUCCUAUUCGUUGUAGACUUGGGGAUAAAGAGAGAGCUACUCUUCUAGAAGAUGAAGUAAGAUGAAGUAUUAAUUACAUUACAAAUAUAUGUAUAUAUUUAUAUAUAAUUUUUUUUCCUUUUGCAGUGGUCUUCAACUGGUGGUGGGUUGGUUUUCAACUGGUGGGAUGGCUUUCAAGUGGUGGGUGAAAACCACUGUCCCACAGCAUAUGAUAAAUUUACUAUUAAUGGCAAAAAUCAUUGUUUUUCUGGAUGAGAAAGUGGCUGUUGUAUUAACCCAGCAUACCUAUACAUUUUAAAUUAAAAUUCCUCUUUCCUCUAAACAAAUUGAACUCAGUAUCAUACAAGCUGAUUCGUUUUAGACCAAAUGGGAUUAUAAAAAAAUGUCGCUGAUGACUGGUAUAUUGCCCUAUUAUUCUAUUAUCAAAUAAUUGAGAAAUACCCGGUGAGUAAGAUAAUUUGAAUAAAACUAAGGAUUACUCACGAUAGUCAUCCAUAGUACUGACCAAUCUGUACAUAUCAAGCACUACUUACUUAAUGUCUUUACAUCAACAUCAGAGCAGCAGAAAGAAGUUAAAAGUUAAACCAGUGACCAUUUUUUUUUUCCCCAGUAUUUACACCAGUUGAUAGUCUUAUCUCUUAUUUUUUUAUACCGGUAAUUUGAAUUUCCAAAAAUUUACUACCAAUUAUAGAAGCAGUUUUUUGAUAAUCAAAAUUUACACUGGCAUAUCAAGUGUAUGUCUACUUUUAGAUUCGUCGCAGCAUGAAACAGAAGAAUCAAAUGGUUGUUGGCUGGUAUCACAGCCAUCCUUACUGUCCCCCUGACCCAUCCAUUAGAGAUGUAGAUUGUCAGAUGUCCUACCAACUCAUGAUGAGAGGAUCUGGCUCUAUGUAUCUUCCAUGUCUGGGCUUUAUAGUUUGUAAGUUACAAUAGUCACCUACAUUCCAUUACAUCAGCACCAUGCCUACUAUUUCAUAUCCGGAAAUUAGUACAGAACCAAUUUGUAUGAAAGAAAGUUGUUUUUAAACAGAAAUAUAGGAUUAAAAACUCAACAGAAAUUAUAUUUAUUAAAAAGUUUACAAAUCCCCUAGUUCCCACUCAAACCUCUGUUGAACAAAUUUCAUUUUCAACAAACUUCGAACUAACUUCCAUUCAGACAUUCUUUCGUACAAAUUGGUUUAUUACUAAUUUCCAGUAACCCUUCUAUUUAUCUGUAUCUGCUGCCACGUGUGGGCUUUAUAGUUUGUAUUUUACAAAUUAUACAAUAUUCGAAGUAGUACAGGGUAGUAGUACAAGAUUUUUCCCUCAUUUAUACCAUAUAAGCACAGUGCCUUUUAUUUAUACAUUUUCUUCUUGUAAUAAAGGGUAUUUCAUGAAGUAGUUAGAAGCUUUAUUUUUUGGUCUGAUGAAAAUUUUCUUCAGUCUCGAAUGAUAACAAAAAGUAAAAAACAUUAUUAUUGAUUACUUGUAGGGGAAGCACCAAAUAGCAGAUCUUAAAAUAAUCAUAUUAGCAUAACACAAGUACCAACUUCUGUCCACCUAGCUUUCACAAUCAAUAACCAGCUAAAGUGAUAUGACACCACUGUCAAACUCUAUAUAAUAAAAUCCAAAUAAUCACAUCUAAUGUCAGUAUUGUCAGUAAGGUAGUGAAGAUCCGUGGCCUAUGAUGGCCGAUUUUUGUGCUCCAGAAAUAAUAAAGAUGUCUUGUGUUUAAAUUGUUCUAGUUUAAAAAUGAUGUCUUUGUAAGAAAAUUUAUCUAUAAGCUGAAACUUUGGAUCAAUAAAUCUUAUCUGAAAUAAGUUAAUGUCAAUCAAAGGCUUUUCUACAUUUUUAAUUUUGGCAUUUACAAAGUACAGUAGCAAAGUAUUUGACAGUGCAACAGUUGGAAUCCAAAUGAGAUCAUUACCUGCUGGUGUGAAAAUUAAUUGUUAAAAAUAAAAAAAAUAAAUAUUUACUUUUAACUUUAAGAUCAGCUCAAUCAGGGUAUUUUAUCCUGGUAUUGUAUCCUUUCCCUCCAACACAAAAUAAGGAACAAAAGAUGCACCCGGUACCGGUACACAUACAUUUAUUGUUCCCCAAUCUACCAGAAUUAUUGGCAUGCUUCCACAGAUGCCAUAAAAGCAAAUAAUCACUCUUAAAUUCAUAGCAUUACAGAAAUGGGUUUUAAUAGCUUGAGAAAUGCUUAAAAUGUCAAAUGUUAAGCAUAGUGUUCAUUAUGUUUUUUUAAUAAUUUUUGAUAUACCCGGCACUGAAAAUGAAUACUUACACAUUUCCAUUUAUUUGUACCGGUAUCCAUAUCUUAAAAUGUAAAAAGAAACACAAAAAAAACAACAAGCUGCACAAAACCUAUUACUAUUAAAAAUGUAAAUCACUGUCUAAGAAACUAAGAAGCCAUCAUAAACUUUAACUCUUCUUGAAUAUUAAGUUAAGUAGUACCGGUAUCUGUAAAUUAUUCAUUUCAUGUUUUCUCAUCUAAAUGAUGUUUGCAGCACCAUUUGAGAAGUUUCCCCCUAAACCAGAUUCUAAGAUUCAAGCCUUUUGGGUUAUGCCCAAUCUUGAGGUAGGUCUGCAACUGAUUGUAAUGUACUCUGAAUUUAUUUGAUCCCCUAAAUAAAAGGAUAAGUAAAAGGUUCCACAUGCAGAUUUUUUAUUAUAUUUGUUGAGAGACAAAAUACAGAACCCAAAUGUCGGAUUUUUUCAAAGUGCCUUAUAAAAGGAGAUAAUGAAUCAUCACUAUCUUCUGCUAUUGUAACAAUAAAAAUCACUUUGUGUUUCUUGAAGUCAGUCACUCCUUGGGCUGUGACAUAACACGUUUUAAAGCCAAACAUUUUUAUAAAACGAUUUAGAUAACUUCAUUAAAUUCUAUUCCAUUGAAAAGGGUCUUGCACUGCACAUUUUAGUUUGAUUAAUUUCUUAUAUUAGCAGCCUUUUCAAAAACUUACUAACGCAAACUGAAUAACUCAUUACCCGUUACUCAAGAUUGUAUUGCAUAAUUAUACUGAAAAUAGCUAAUCAAUACCGGUAGUAAUUUGAAGGAGUUAUUUGAAACAGAAUGUUAUUUUUAAAGUUAAUUACACAAGAGCUAUUCAUUCAUGAGUUUUUUAGACUUAGUCAAACACAUAAACUACAAUCAACUUUACAAAUUCAGUGUACCGGGUAAUUAUAAAUAUGGGGGAGGAUUGCUUCCAGGUUGAAGCACUAAAUUAAGACCAAGAUUUUACAUUGCUGAAAGUAAAAGCUAUUUAAAAUUGUUGGCAUGUUGAUUUGAUAGUAAGGUAACAUUAACAUGGAAUACCGGUAUAGAAGUAAAAUCAUAAUGUAAUUAGGGUUAUUUGUGUUUCAGCAACCCACCUCUUACAAUAUUCCUAUGCAUGUCUCUUACACAACCAGACGGGACUCAUCACUAACAGAGGAUCUCUUAUCUGACAUGGUAACAUUCUCUUGACCUAUUUGAAUUAAAAAAACAACAACUUUAGUUCAAGUCUACAGCAUUCAAGUUCAAAGGAGGUUAAAUAAUCUGUUCAAUUUCAAUGAUGUAUCUGUACUAUUGCUACCGGUAUUAAUACUGGUACUGUACUUAUUAAAUUAAUUUAAUUAAUAGUACUGGGGAUCCUUUUUUUGUUUGGGUGAAUGAAUUAAAAAAAAAAAAUCCAACUGUCAAUGAGCAUGACUAAUUUUAACUUAAAAAGGAACCUGUUUGUUACUAAGUUACUAAGGUACCCUACCUAUGGCAUAAAUAUUUACUGGAAAAUGGAAUAAGAUAGGAAUGUUAUGAUAUCUUCCUCAAACAGAAAAACCUAACAGAAUUCUACAGUGGAGCUGUUGAUAAAGUCAAUCUGAAGGAACAUUGGGGUGAAGCAAUCACAUAUCUUGAUAAAGUGAAGGUAAGUUGAAGUCAGUGAAAAUUAUGCAAUAAAUUAAACAUUGUCAUAUAUAUAUACCGUAUGACACCCAUAUAUGAUUACAUUUUUUCCUUUCGACAUGAGUGUUUGCAUUAUUAUUAUAUACCGAUACAGUAAAUUUAUAAACAAAUGUACCAGUAUCAGUAAUUGAAAUGAAUGUUUGAAAUUUGAAUAAUCUGCUCUACCAGUAAUUGAACAUGAUUCCUGCUGCAUCUCCAUUUAUAAUUUAUUUAAUCACAGAAACAGGGUACCGUACUCAAAAUCUAUCUUAACAAAUACUGUAAUCUUGAUAUCUCCUCCAGGCAUCCCUGAGAAGCAAAUUACCAGAAGAUCAGCUUGAAAGUGGGACAUUCCUUGACUAUGUGCAGCAGCUUCUCAGAGACAUGAGAUAAAUAACUGCUGCAAAUUCAAUUUUCAACAUAUCAUCAUAAUGACUUGUACUAGUAUCUUCUAAUCCUUAAAUUAUAUGUGCAAUUUAUAUUGUGAUUGUUAAUAUAAUAUUACCGUGUACGGUAUGUAAUAAACAGC